AUGAGCUCCAGGAGUAGUGGGAGUCGGAGUACCAGUGGUAGACUCGUCCAUGAGCCAGAUUCAAUGGAUAGUAGGUCAAGUCCGUAUAUAAGACCUGCUCCGUAUAGUGGAGGUGUCCAUCCACAUUUCGAAGAAGAAGAUGACAGGUCAAGACUUCAUGCUUCUGCACUUUAUUCUGAACGACGAACAUCAUCCCGGAAAUCGCUGAGGUCUCAGAAAAUUGAUUAUCAUGCAACCACAAUUAAAACUUUGUGGUUUGAUUUCUGUGCUCGGACGUCUUCUCAUGGAAUUCCAUAUGUUGCAACAUCAUCAUUUUUCGGACGAUACGUGUGGGCGGCAUUGUUCAUGUGCAUGUUAAUGGCAUUCUUACUACAAACCUAUUGGACUAUGUCAGAAUAUUUACAGUAUCGAACAAUCAUUGAAAUGCAACUUCAAUUCGAAGCAGAACGUACAUUUUUUGAUAUCACCUCUAGUUUUUUCUGUGCGCCCAAAAUCAAGGGGGGUCUUAAAGAUAUUGACCGCACUGUAUUGAAAAACUCCCUUUCAGCGGCAUUCCCAGCAGCGACAGUAUGCAAUCUGAACGCUUUCAAGUACAGUGAACUAAUUCAAUAUGAUGAGAUCAAGGAAGGUUUCGAUUAUUGGGAGCGAGUGAUCAAUGCCAGAAUGAUGAGCGAUAGUAUGAAACCGGGAGGAGAGAUUCUGGAAGCCAUUAGUGUCAGAAAAAAGAGAGCAAAAGAUAGAAGUGAUUUGUUAUUUCCAAUAGAUGACGAAGACUUAGAAGGGGCAGAAUAUCAGCCAGUGUUUGUUAGGUGUACGUGUAUGAAUAUGGAACAGUGUGUGCCAAACAGAAACCCUUUGGAAGUCAAUGCUUCCAUUUGUAUGUGUUUCGAAGAUGUAACACGGGGUCUGAUAUGGCCAUGCUAUCCAACAUCAGUCUGGACUGUAAAGAAAUGUUCCGGUUGCUCUAUUUCCAACACUUGUCCAGAUCCAGAUGGCCCGAACGCUGCAAAAAAUAUUGCCAAGAAUCACAAUCCAUUGCCUUGUCUAUGCCAAUCAAUUUCUCAUCACUGCAUGGUUCAUCCAAAGGAUGAGAUUAGAUGGUGGAACCCGAACAACUAUACAGUUUACUCUGUAACUGACCCACCUACAACAGAAAUUACAGAGACUGAAGAGGCGUUUGGAUUGAGUGUAAUACUAUUAAUGAGUCAUAGAAUUAUAUAUUUUUUUUACUUUAAGGACUUGAAAGAUGCGGGAGCCAUCACCACUCAAACAAAGGAAAACUUGAUUUUCUUAGUUGCUGCACUUCCGAGAGAAACUAGACGAAAUCUGUCUUACACUCUCAAUGAAUUUGUGCUCCGGUGCUCCUUUAACUCAAAGGAUUGCAGCAUGGAACGAGACUUCAAACUUCAUAUCGACCCGGAAUACGGUAACUGCUACACAUUCAAUUUCAAUGACUCGGUGGAGUUGAAAAACAGCAGAGCUGGUCCUAUGUAUGGUCUUCGUUUGCUGUUAAAUGUCCAUCAAAGUGAUUACAUGCCAACAACAGAAGCAGCUGGUGUCCGAUUGGUUGUCCAUGAGCAGGACCAGGAACCAUUCCCGGAUACCUUUGGAUACAGUGCACCUACUGGAUUCAUUUCUUCUUUUGGACUAAAAACGAAAGAACUCCACCGACUAAGUGCUCCAUGGGGCAAUUGCAGUGACACAUUCCGACCAGUUCCCUACAUUUACAAUGAACAUUAUUCUCCGGAAGGGUGUCAUCGAAAUUGCUUCCAAUUAAAAGUUCUCGAAAUAUGUGGAUGUGGAGAUCCAAGAUUCCCUCUACCAUCAGAAGAACAUCGACAUUGUAACGCAAAGUCUAGAACUGAUCGUCAAUGUCUCUCAAAUCUAACAAGUGACUCUGGAGGAUACCAUCACCUUCAUGAGCAAUGCGAAUGUCGACAACCUUGUCAUGAAAAAGUGUUUGAAACUGCUUAUUCAGCAUCUGCAUGGCCCAGUAUUAACUUUAAAAUUGGUACCGACUGUCCAGCAGUGUCAGAUAUAUUUAAUGACACCGAAGCGUGUACAGAAUACUACCGACAGAACACUGCCUAUAUUGAAAUCUACUACGAACAAUUGAAUUUCGAGUCUCUGAAAGAAACCGCUGGUUACACUCUUGUCAAUCUGUUCUCAGAUUUCGGAGGUAACAUCGGAUUGUGGAUCGGUUUCUCAGUUAUCACAUUUGCAGAAUUUGCGGAAUUGUUCUGUGAGGUAUGUAAAAUAUGCAAGCUGAUGUAUAUCAAAGGAGUGAUAUACGUACAAAAGAAGAUUCAGAAGAAAGAAUACAAAUCAUCGUCUUUGAUGCAAAUUGAUUUUCUUCAAAGAUCUCCGAAGAAAGGACAACGGGAGCCUGGAGAAGAUGAAAUGUCCACAAACGAAUCGACAAAAGAAUUAAUGAGUAAAUCAUUUAAUGAACGCAACAACAUAUGUAUUUAUACACUGUCAGUGGCAACGACAACUACCAGUUAA